AUGACUCAAACUUUAUAUUUCAGCGUUCUUCUCAUCGCGCUCUGUUCAUUAUCUGAAUGCAUUCAGCGCCGCUAUCACCACAUAAACAUGAAUAAGACCUGGACUGAAGCUCAGAGAUACUGCAGAGAAAACUACACAGAUCUGGCCACAGUCAACAACAUGAACGACAUGAAUCAACUGAUGAAGAGUGUGGAUAACAGUCUGACUAGACUUGUCUGGAUUGGACUGAAUAGAUCAAGUGUUUAUAAAUGGAAGUGGUCUCUGGGUGAUCCUGUGAAAUAUACAAACUGGUAUAGAGACUCAAAUGGUCCAGAUGAUUGUGUUUAUAUGAGAGAUGGAUCAUGGCGUCAUCAGGACUGUAAUACGAACAUGAGAUUCAUCUGCUAUAAUGGUGAUAAAGGAUUCAUCAUUGAUGGUUCUUCAGUAUCAUGGAGAGACGCUCAGAUCUUCUGCAGACAGCAUCAUACUGAUCUGACCAGUGUGAGGAAUCAGACUGAGAAUCAACAGAUUCAGAAGAUCAUGAAUGACAAACACAUACCUGAAGUCUGGAUUGGUCUGUUCAGUGACUCAUGGGAGUGGUCAGAUGAGAGCAAAUCUGGAUUCAGAUACUGGAGGUCUGAUCAACCUGAUAAUCGUGGUGGUUCUGAAGAUUGUACAGCAGUCAGUGUGACAGAGCAGGCUCAAUGGCAUGAUGCGCCUUGCAGUUUCUCUCAGACCUUUGUGUGUCAUGAAGAUAAUCUGAUAUUGAUCCAGAUGAAUCUGAGCUGGUCUGAAGCUCUGAGAUACUGCAGAGAGAAUCAUGUGGAUCUGGUUUCAGUUGAUUCAGAGGAGAUUCAGUUCAUGGUGACUAAAGUGAUUCAUCAGUCCUCUACUGAAGCCGUGUGGAUGGGGUUACACUAUUACUGCCAAAUGAACCUCUGGAUCUGGAUACGAGGAGAGGCCGUGUGCUAUCAGAAUUGGGCCCCAGGGAACGGAACAAAACUGAUGAACUGCAACACUGAACACAGAGCUGGAGCAGUUCAGUCUGGAGAAGAUCAUCUCUGGAUCAGCCUUCCUCAAUCUCAACAACUCAACUUCAUCUGCAGCAGAUAUUAACUCUUUCCCCGCCAUUGACGAGAUAUCUCGUCAAUUAAGAAUAAACUUCCUUUUUGUUCUUUUUUCAUUUUCUGGUUUUCAUUUAGUUUUGUUCUUUAGCAGUAGGGUUCAUUUAUAAACACAUAACAGAUUAAAUACAACAUUAUGCCUUAGUUUAGAAUCAUUUCAGGUAUACAAAAAAGGUUUCUAUGUUAAUCUCGUGACACAAUUUCUUUUCUUAUGUUUCUUUAAUAACUGUUGAAUUAUAUGAAAUGAAUGUGUUAGUUAUAUUUUGGGAGUGGGUUAAAGUUCAUGAUAUUUACUCAUCAGAUGUCACUUCUGUUCUGUUUCAUGUGUGAUUUA